UUCCCCUCGCCCUCUCAUCAAACCCUACCACAAUUCUUUAUUCCCUUACUUUCUCUCAGCCGUCUUCACAUUCUCUUUUUUGAGUCUCGCUUUUACGUUGGUGUAUAGUGAAAAAAGCUAAGUAAUGGCCGGAAAAGGUGAAGGUCCGGCGAUCGGAAUCGAUCUCGGAACUACUUACUCUUGUGUCGGUGUAUGGCAACAUGACCGUGUUGAGAUUAUUGCUAAUGAUCAAGGGAACAGGACGACGCCGUCUUAUGUUGGAUUUACUGAUUCUGAACGUCUCAUUGGUGAUGCCGCUAAGAAUCAAGUCGCCAUGAAUCCUAUUAACACUGUUUUCGAUGCCAAGAGGCUUAUUGGAAGGAGGUUCAGUGAUGCCUCUGUACAGAGUGACAUCAAAUUGUGGCCUUUCAAAGUUAUUUCCGGACCAGGUGACAAGCCAAUGAUUGUCGUCAACUACAAGGGUGAAGAGAAGCAGUUUGCUGCUGAAGAAAUCUCCUCCAUGGUGCUUAUAAAGAUGAAGGAAAUAGCCGAGGCCUUCCUUGGAUCAACUGUGAAAAAUGCUGUGGUUACUGUACCUGCAUACUUCAAUGACUCCCAACGCCAGGCUACUAAGGAUGCUGGUGUCAUUUCUGGCUUGAAUGUCAUGCGUAUUAUUAAUGAGCCCACAGCAGCGGCCAUUGCUUAUGGUCUUGACAAGAAAGCCACAAGUGUUGGUGAGAAGAACGUUCUUAUCUUUGAUCUAGGUGGUGGUACUUUUGAUGUGUCCCUCCUUACUAUUGAAGAAGGUAUUUUUGAGGUGAAAGCCACAGCAGGAGACACUCACCUUGGAGGUGAAGAUUUUGAUAACAGAAUGGUGAACCACUUUGUCCAAGAGUUCAAAAGAAAGCACAAGAAGGACAUUACUGGUAACCCAAGAGCCCUUAGAAGAUUGAGGACAGCAUGUGAGAGGGCGAAGAGAACUCUUUCUUCCACUGCUCAGACAACAAUUGAGAUUGAUUCCUUGUAUGAGGGAGUUGACUUCUAUUCCACCAUUACUCGUGCUAGAUUUGAGGAGUUGAACAUGGAUCUUUUCAGGAAGUGUAUGGAGCCAGUUGAGAAAUGUUUGAGGGACGCCAAGAUGGACAAGAGCACUGUACAUGAUGUUGUUCUUGUUGGUGGAUCCACUAGAAUUCCCAAGGUACAACAGCUGUUGCAAGACUUCUUUAAUGGAAAGGAGCUUUGCAAGAGCAUCAACCCAGAUGAGGCUGUUGCCUAUGGUGCAGCUGUGCAAGCUGCCAUUCUAAGCGGAGAGGGUAACGAGAAGGUUCAAGACUUGUUGCUUUUGGAUGUCACCCCUCUAUCUCUUGGGUUGGAAACUGCUGGAGGAGUGAUGACUGUCUUGAUUCCAAGGAAUACCACUAUUCCUACCAAGAAAGAGCAGGUGUUCUCUACAUAUUCUGACAACCAACCUGGAGUGUUGAUUCAGGUGUAUGAGGGUGAGAGAGCAAGAACUAGAGACAACAACUUGCUGGGUAAAUUUGAGCUUUCUGGUAUCCCUCCUGCACCUAGGGGUGUGCCUCAGAUCACAGUCUGCUUUGAUAUUGAUGCCAAUGGUAUCUUGAACGUCUCUGCUGAAGACAAGACCACUGGACAGAAGAACAAGAUCACAAUUACCAAUGACAAGGGUAGGUUGUCGAAGGAAGAAAUUGAAAAGAUGGUCCAGGAAGCAGAGAAGUACAAGGCAGAGGAUGAAGAACACAAGAAGAAGGUAGAGGCCAAGAACGCACUGGAGAACUAUGCCUACAACAUGAGGAACACCAUAAAGGACGAGAAGAUUGGUUCUAAGCUAAGCCCAGAUGACAAGAAGAAGAUUGAGGAUGCAAUUGAUCAGGCAAUCUCAUGGCUUGACAGCAACCAGCUUGCUGAAGCUGACGAGUUUGAAGAUAAAAUGAAGGAGCUCGAGAGCAUCUGCAACCCCAUCAUCGCCAAGAUGUACCAAGGUGCAGGUGGUGAAGCAGGUGCACCUAUGGAUGAUGAUGCUCCUCCAGCUGGUGGUAGCGGUGCAGGCCCCAAGAUUGAGGAGGUCGACUAAGUGUGUGGAGUGAUCAGUGCUGGGUUUAUAUUUUAGUACAGUACUUCUUAUAUUGGGUACUUUUAAUAUUUUUGCAAUGGUUAAUUGGGCAGUAUAUUGGUUUUUGAGAAUAUAGUAUGCUGUUGAAUUUUCAUCUUUGAUGGCUUUAGAUUAGCGUCCUCGAUUUUGCAUUGUCAAUGUCUAGUUAUUAGAUUCUUUUCUAUGCAAGUAUAUUACUCUAGCCUAUUAUCUUCU